AUGGCCAAAUUGCGGGCCCUCCUAGUGGACCUCUCCGGCACGCUGCACAUCGGCUGCCAGCCCACCCGUUCCGCCGCAGAAGCAAUCACACGCCUCAGAGAAGCAGGAAUCUUGUUGCGCUUCGUGUCGAAUACGUCGAAGGAGUCGCGGAAGGACCUGUUGGAGAAGAUGAGGAAGAUGCACUUGGAUGUGCGGGAGGAAGAGCUCUUCACGUCACUCUCUGCUGUUCGAGACCUCGUAGCGCAGCGGAACCUGCGCCCGCUCUACCUCCUCACCCCCUCCGCACAAACCGACUUUCCCCCCUCCGCAAAACCCUACAACGCCAUCGUGAUCGGCCUUUCUCCUCCCUCGUUCUGCUACGAGAAGCUCAACGAGACUUUUCGGUUACUGGUGGGCGAAGAGGAGGGAGUAAGGAAGGGAGAGGUUCAGUUGGUGGUCACGCAUCGGGCGAGGUACUUUGGGGAUACGGAUGGGAAGCUGAGUCUGGGACCGGGCCCGUUCAUUUCGGCGCUCGAGGAGGCCGCAGGCUGCAAAGCGGAAGUCGUCGGCAAGCCCGAGCGCGCGUUCUUCCAGCUCGCGCUCGACUCGCUCUCCUCGCACAACUUGCAACCCUCCGAAAUCGGCAUGGUCGGCGACGACAAAACACAAGACGUCGGUCCGGCCGUCUCCUCGCUCGGGUUGAGGCGUUACUUGGUAAGGACGGGCAAGUACAGAGAGGGGGACGAGGAGGGGAUGGAGAGUCGGCCUGAGUGGGUUGGCGCGGACUUUGCGAGUGCGGUCGACGAGAUCCUCGCCGAGUAG